CUUGAAAGCCCGAUGGAUCCUCUGAUUAUGUCUUCCUCCAUUCACCAGUGGAUCAGAAACGACCAUUCGCGGUUAGCCUCGAGUAUUUCCGUCUCUGCGUUGGCCCCACUUUUCACCGGCGGAUCGUUGCUGCGCGCCCAGAGACCUGCUGCAGUUCAAUCUGCGGCGCAUCCGAAAAAGUCGCACGGAAGAGAUGUUUCCAGCUCUGUUUCGUUCCUUUCAGACAUUCUUUUCUCGUUUGCUGAGGAACAGCAUCUUGCGCGCGAGUGAUUGUCUUCAGGAACAACGGGACUUCUGCCCGCGCAUCCCAUCCCGCAUCCGUGAAAAAGAAAAAGGAAUUUCAUUUUCGCGGACCCGAUUCCACUCUACAGCCAAAUAUGAGCUGCGCGCUGCCUCGAAUGAAGGAAGCGAGAGGUGAAGGACAACCUGACUCGACGAGCGAUAGGGGGAAGUUCAUCGGUUGCUCUAACAACAAGACAGCAGCUGUCUGCUUUCUGAUGACGCUGGUGCAAGAAGACCACGGCAUCUUCAUAUCUCUUGUGCCAAAUUGAACUGACUUUCACUGGCGGUGAAUGUAGCUCAAAAGCCGCUGUCAUGAUGGGUUCAGAGUGUGUGCGACGACAGGCUCUGUGUGCAGUGCUAGCUUUUCUCGUUGCCGCUUGCACAGUAGGUUUUUGCUGUGGUGUCCAUGCCAUUCAAAAGACGCUUCAUGGAAAAGAUGCCUUACACAUCACGGCGUUUCUUUUUCCUCCGAAACAUGCCUACCGGGGCAACACGAUUCGGAGAGCCCCCGCUGACACCAGUUCAUACACGCGCCGGCUGUCACCCACUUCCUCAGGUGCAACGUGGACGUCUAUGAGGCAGGCGCCUACUGCGGACCUUGAAAGUUCGACAGAAUUGUUUUUAAACCCGAAAAACGUCCACUCUCUCCUCAACUUCGCUUCUGCUUCUUCGCAUUCCUACGCACAUAUCCCUUCGUUCGACGAAGAAUACCAGUCUUCAUCAAUUUCCCGCCGCACUAUCUCACCUGUUGCCACGGACCAUUUCUCCGGAAAGCGUACUCAUGAAGGAACUUUGCAAGGAUCUUCCGACAGAGGGGGAGGCGAAGAAGCUAAUCGAGAUGAAAGGUUACGCGCGAGAGUGGAAAGACUGGUUCAGUCUGCUCCGGUGGUGCUGUUCAUGAAGGGGACUCCAAAGGACCCCCGGUGCGGCUACAGCCGAGCCAUCGUUGAAAUCCUCCAGCUGGCUGCAAGUGAAGAACCCAGUUUGUCAGGCUGCGAUACGACAGACCCGUCGCCCUCAAGCAGUCUUCCAGAAGGUUUCUUCCGCGCUGUGGAUGUCUGGGAAGACCUCGAGCUUCGAGAAGCUCUGAAGCGUUACACAAACUGGCCCACAGUUCCCCAGUUGUUUAUUGAGCAUCAGUUCGUCGGUGGCACAGACAUUGCUGCCGAAAUGUUUAGAGAUCGCUCUCUGCACCAGGCACUCUCACGAGCAGGGAAAAUGUUCGCCGACGGCGCACGAGACGCGCUGUAGCAGCGGAACAACAUGCCGGCAGGAAUGGCACAGGGAAAAGUGUGAAGUCCCCACGCUCUCACCAGUAUUAUGCUUUACGAUGUGUUUGGCGUCGUAAACGCUUAGCUGCUGUUACUAGAAAACCGUUUUUACCGUGGUUACUUCACUAGAAAAGACAUUCGUCCUAUAGGUAAAGGGAGCUGCGCGCUGUGAUACAACGUGUUCGUGCAUCAGGAUACAGGAAGCGGUAAUCCUGGGGAAUUCAGUUUGUGCGGACCAAAAACGAACUCCAGGUUUACAUGACAUGUCUGACUUCAACUUAGUGUCCCGCCAGGACUGACAGAAAUGCAAAGGGGAAAGGACCUUUGGGCGUGCCAGGGACUCAACUGCCAGAUUGAUUUGAACCUCUCUCGGUUGAGGGCACAAUUAGGAAAGGGGAGUGGUGGGGGGUAUUUGCAUGGUCUGUGUGUAUUGCACGCCUCUGUCCAGGGACACAGCUGUAAAGCAAAAUCAACUCUGGACUAAGUCUC